GCCAUACUAAUUGCAAUUAUUAACUCGUGGUGAAACGAUUGGAUAGCGUCAUUGCGAGCUAUAGAUAAGAUAGUGUUUCGCAGGUACAGCUAAUUCGCGUGGAGGCUUUUCUCCCCCUCCAUUCCAGGAAACCCGGUCUGCAUUUCACCACAUGCCCAUCAAAUCCAUUUAAAACGAACAACGAGUAGGUCCGAAAAACCGGUGCUCGGAUAAUGGCAGUGGCGCACCGUGGUCAAGGAACCCAGCGGUUCAAACAUCGAAAACCCUUUGCUGCAAGGAAGGGGGAGUCUACACUCAUUCGCUCCAAGUACCCACAGAAAGUCCCGGUCAUUGUGGAACGCUAUCCCGGGGAGGUGUAUUUGAGCUCCUUGGAGAGGACUAAGUAUCUGGUUCCUCAAGAUGUGAUCAUGGGUCACUUUAACGCCAUCAUCAGGAACCGGUUAGCUCUGACAUCCAGUCAAACAAUCUACCUUGUCGUGAAGAACAGGAGCCUCACCAAUAUGUCUGCCACCAUUGGUGAAGUGGACCAAGAAUUCAAGGAUUCUGAUGGCUUCCUGUACAUCUCCUACGCAUCCCAAGAGAUGUUUGGUGCGAGCUAGUGAGGGUCUGAAUGAAUUCCAAGUCUAGAAAUAGAUGGAAAGAAACAUUUCUCAUGAUUUGUAUUGCCACUCACCAAUGCACUGUAGGAGUUAUUUCAAAGUUUAAAAGGUGAAGUUUAACAAUUGGAAGCAUAUGGUGGACACUUAACAGGAAUUUUAUUAAACUAUUUUAUAUUAUAACCCCCACAAAACUUAAGCCUUUAGAUCAGAUGUACUUGAACAAGGGAAAUCUGGCAUUCAUGACUCUAUUUUAACAUAAUGGGUGCAGUUUGGUUUGCUGCAAGUGUAACGUCCACAUUAGUAGCUUUAUUCUGCCAGAUCAAUCUUCUAACAAACCCGCACACACAGAGCUCUGGAGAAGUACCAAGUGAACUGGUGUACUGCAGGACUUAACAGUCCUUUUAUGGUGCUGGUACUAAUUCCAAGUCUACACUGCUGUUUAGCCGUCUACAUUGUUUAAGCAUGAACACGUUUGUCACUUGUGCUUGCUAGUGUGUUUUUCUUGACACUUUCCCCUCUAUUUUAUUGGUGUUCCCUUUUCAAUCCUCGUUUUGAAAGAAUCUAAUUUGUAUUCCAAAUUUUAACAAUUCAAAUCAACGAACUUGUAAUUUCAUUAAAGCCCUUAUUAAUGACAUGUAUAUGGAUAUUCAAUACUUUUAAGCAAUUUAUAAAAUUAAAGGUUGUUUAUUUAAUAACCUUGUAUCUUUGGGGAAUUAGUCCAUCGAAUGUAUCUGGGUCAGGAUGAGUUUUGAGUCGGUAUCACACCAAUAUUCUAUAAUUGAAUACCAAGGUUUGCUAUUUUUGGGGGCUUAAAGAAUGAGGUGACUGAACAAUAUCAGCUGGUUAUUUUAACGCUUAUUAAGACGGUUGCAGUAAUUUAAAACAAGUUGCCUUGCUUGAAUAUUGAGAGUGGAGAAAGUGCAUUGAUACAUGUAUCAUGAAGUUCUUAAACAUGCUCUUCAGUCCCUGCAAGUUCUUUGAGUUUAUCCUAGCUAGUGCUCAAAUCUAGUAACCUCUCUUUUAAUUAGACUUCGGAGCAUUAGUUGCAGAUUCUCAAACAAGGAAGAAAUCCUGGAGAAACUCGAUGUGUGAGGCAGCAUGUGUGACAGGAAAUGGAACUACAACACUGGGUUAGGACUCCUGAGCCUGGAAGGAAGAUGGCAGUGAGGGAUGAGGGGAAAUAUUGGGGGAAAAGUUAGGCAGGAUUUGGGUGAGAAAUUAUAUAUU